GUACGAUUCAACAGCCAAUCUGGCAUCAUCAUAAGCAAAUCAUAAAUGCAAAGUGACUGACCCGGAUUUGUUCAAGCUCGCCUUUCACAUGUGCACAAGUGGAUCGAUGAUUCAAUGCCAUGUUGCAGACCUCAAGACCCCAUUUAUACCUUCGCCACCCUUCGACAGACUCGCCUCGAAUCCAGGUUUUCAUUGAACAUUUACACUCGCGCUAGCAAGCAACAUGCAUACCAACUCAAAAGAAAACGUCAAUCUCUCGUCGGCCUCGGAGAUUAUUAGUGCACUGCAUAUCAUCCUACGUUCGCAAGCAGUGGUUUGUCUAUGUGGAUGUACAGUAUCUGAUGUGUUAUUGACCAUUUACCAGAUGCCAGACGUUGAAACACCUUAUUCCCAAACUACUUCCCCCAAUUCCAACCACUGCGCAGUCGAGCUUAAAGACCAAAGCAUUAAUGCCAUUAUCACCCACCGCCAGCAGCAGCUAGAUGAAACUUUGCACGACAUCUCAAGUUUGGAAACAGUCAUCGACAAAAUCAACAAUCUUCACCGACAACUGACCGAACAGAAGGAAAAGCUCAUCUCGUCCAUCGCGUUGCACAAGCGACUCAUAUCACCUAUUUGGCACUUGCCAACUGAAGUCUUAUCCCAUAUUUUCGUUCACUGUCUCCCAGAAGACAAGUAUUUGUCGCCUGCAUCGAAGCUGGCCCCCGUUCUGUUGACCAGAAUAUGUCGUCGAUGGAGGGAGGUUGCUGUAGGCACGCCUAGCUUGUGGGACAGGCUAGAUGUGCCAUACGACCUCAGAAGAAAGCGGGAACUUCCCUUCUGCCUUGACGUAUGGCUCAAGCGAUCACGAGGACGUCUGCUCUCGUUGGCACUCACCUGUUGCUUUAGCUCCACCAUGAUUGAGCUACGACGCCUCCUUCAACCUUACAUACAUCAAAUCUCAUCAUUCUCUAUCUGUUGUCGCGUGAUUUCUGACAAAUUUGACCCCUUAUUCGAAGGCCUCACCGCACUCCAGGAGCUAAUAGUCAAUAGGCCGCUUACUGAACAAUGUUUCUCACUACUGCCACCCACUCUCCGCAGUUUCAAGGUCACAGCACCAUAUUCUGAGCUCAAGUUCUUUCCUUCGUGUGAGCCCGUAUGGGCUAACCUGACAAAUGUCGAGAUCCCCAUACAUCGCCCGGAUACAAUCCUCCGCUUGCUGCAGCUAUGUCCCAACCUCUGCUCGUUAGCGAUCCGCCUAGGAUUCGAUAGAACUGAAAUCUUUCAACCACUCGUGCAUGUCCGAAUUCAAUCCCUACACAUCAUCGUCGAUGUCAUUCAAUACUCGCAUCAUCUACUCGGCAAUAUUGAUGACUCUACCCCGAACCCUUUACCUGGCUUUCUCGAUGCUCUCUCACUCCCGAGUUUACGCACACUUGAAAUUUACGGUGUAUCAUGGCCUCAUCAGGAGUUCAAGUCAUUCGUGACACGGUCAAAUUGUCCCCUGGAGACGGUGGUUUUGGGCGCUGAAGCGGUGAUGAGACACGAGCAGCGAGCGGAGUGCAUUGCUCUUAUUCCUUCUCUUGAAGUUGUAGUAUCACAAUCUGAAGAGUCUUGAUCGAAAUCCUUUACACAAGGUUUUGUUGUUACCCACUGUUUCAAUACGAUCUCAAAUUUCAUCGGAUAUUUAUUUCUUCGCAGUUUUAUACAAGUGUUACACUAUGCUUCUCAUCAC